AUGGCUUCGUCCGAGAUUUUCUCCUUGGAGGGCAAGGGCCUGAAGCUCGACACGGAGCAAGACCUCGAACCUUAUAUUGCUGACCUUCGUGCCAGCGAGGAUGUUCAAGAGGUUCGCCUGCUGGGAAAUACUCUCGGCGUAGGAGCCUGUAAGCUCCUGGGAGAAGUGUUGGCCACCAAGAAGUCACUGAAGUCCGCGAACCUCGCCGACAUUUUCACUGGAAGACUUCUUAGUGAAAUCCCCGAUGCCUUGUCGUCGCUGCUCACCUCGAUACUCAACCUACCAAAUCUGCGCACCAUCAACUUGAACGAUAACGCCUUCGGACUGAACACCCAGGCGCCCCUCGUCGCAUUCCUUGCCGAGCACGUCCCCUUGCAGCACCUCUAUCUCAACAACAACGGUCUCGGACCCCACGCCGGUAUACUAGUUGCUGAUGCGCUAUCCAAGUUGCACGCAAAGAAAGAGGCGGCCCGCAACGCUGGCCAGGACGUGCCCCAUCUCGAAACCGUCAUUUGCGGCCGCAACCGUCUUGAGAACGGUAGCAUGACUGCAUGGGCCAAAACAUUUGCUCUGCACAACAAGCUCAGGGAAAUCAAGAUGGUUCAAAACGGCAUCAGGCAGGAGGGCAUUAUUCACCUACUCAGCGAGGGCCUGAACCACGCCCAAACUCUCAACAUCCUCGAUCUCCAGGAUAACACCUUUACCCUAUCAGGAGCAAAGGCCCUGGCCAAGGUUGUACCUCUUUGGUCAGAGAUUCAGGAGCUUGGCGUCGGCGACUCCCUACUGGGCAACAAGGGCGGUAUCGCCCUCGCAGCCGCACUCAACAAGGGCAAGAACCCUCAACUCCAAGUCUUGCGUCUACAGUACAACGAAAUUGCCUCCCCUGGACUCAAGGCCUUCGCCGACGCCGCAAAGCAUGGCUUACCCGGAUUGAAGAAGAUCGAGGUCAACGGCAACAAGUUCGACGAGGAUGAUGCGUCGGUCUUGGCCCUCCGAGAGCUUCUUGAGGAACGCAAGGAAAAUUUCGGCGGUGAUGUGGUCGACGAAGAUGCCUGGGGGCUGGACGACCUUGAUGAGCUCGAGGAGCCCGACUCUGACGAAGAAGAAGAGGAGGAGGAGGAGGAGGAGGAGGAGGAGGAGGACCACUUUGAGCCUGAAGAGCUGGCUGAAAAACUCGUCAAGGAGGCUGAAGAAGCCCAGGAGGAGCCUACUGUGCAGCUCAAGGACCCUGAAGUGGAUGCUCUGGCCAAGUCUCUGGAGAAGACCAACAUAUAAAGUCCAUCUCGAGUCAAGAAAGUGCAGACCUGGCAUCUCUGUGGAACGAUCAGAAGCUGAACAUAUGAAGGAAACGAAGCCUUGCGGCGCCACGAAGAUGAUACCCUUAAACACCUAGAAAUAUUUAAAGUAGACCAAAUAAGAUACACUAUCGCCCGUACUGUAGGACUUGACCGCGAAAACCUGAUCUCCGUCGAUCCAAACAUGGAUGCUGCCUACCUGCGUCUUGGCGGUUCCGACUUGUACCUGCAUGACCUCUUCAAUCUCAGCUUCCCAGUAGCAAAGGUCGAGGGAAGUGCUCGCCUGUACAAGGAUCAACAUGAUCCAGCAAGAUAAAUGAAGAGGGCCAAGCUCAACGUUGGGUAUGAAAGGGGCGCGCACAACGUGUUUGGUACCAGACAAUUAUAGGUUGCUUCCGAGUACGCCUCAUCGAAAGGAGCAGUAAUCACUUCCGAGGCCGACAGCAACUGGUGAGUUGAAGACUUCUU